AUGCACGACUACACGCGCGUUCUCGUGCUCUUCCUAUCGCUCGUCGUGCUCCAGUUGACGGCAGCCGACGACGUCCAGUGCAAGACGGAGCUCCAGGCCAAGGUGCUCGGCGCUUUCCAGGCCAACGCAGACGCGUUUCGCCAGUGCUCGUCGACGAGCUCGUACCAGAUCUUCCCGUACCCCGGAUCGAUGCCGUCGACGCUGCAAACCGUCGCGAUCUGCGGCAGCGCCGACUGCGGCGUGCUCAUGAAAAUGAUCGCCACGUUCCCCGACUGCGAACUCGCCGGCACGCCGCUGCGCCGCGUUGGCCUCGUCAUGCUCCAGGCCCACGUCAAAUUGCCGAUCUCAUCAACAACUACCAACCUCUAA